AUGUCAUCGGCGAUAGAUUAUCAUAAAUUUCGCAGAGGGGAGACAUGCAGCGAAGAAGGAUGCCGCGCUCGAAAAUUCUAUAUUGAAGAUGGUAAAAAGUUUUGUCAACGAGGUCAUGAGCAAGCAGGUUUUACACAAACUCAACAAGAUGAGGAUGACUGGAAUCAGCAAGGAAAGAAGUCAAGAAAACGGCGAGAGGAAAAAGAGCAGGUGGAAAAAGUUUUCGGGGGUAGUGAUGCCACACAACUUUAUUUACAAUGUUACCAAUUAAUUCUUUGGAAACAAACCCACUGGUUAGUGACAGCGAAGGGCUUUCCAAAAGAAUUAGAAACUAUCGUAAGAGAUUUAUGGGAAUUGAGAUUGAGAGUUUUACAAGGUUCGGGAGACGAAAGAAGUGAGUAUGGGACGGAAUUUGGGUCAACGACGGAAGGAGACGACACGGAUACGGAUGGGACGGGGUAUAGAAGUACAGCUUCGACUGUUAUGAGUAGGAAGAGAGCAUCUAGGGCCAAGAAAAAUCUUCCAAAGUUGAUUGAUACUCUGGGGUUUUGCUAUCUUGGAAUAUUACUUUUGCGACUGCCUACAAGUUUAGGAGAGAUAUAUAAAUGGGCAACUAGGGAUGAGAUUAUCUACACACGAGCGAUUAAAGAAAUUCCUAAAGAUAUGAGAGCUCGAUUGCCAGGUCAUUAUUUCAGAGCACUCGAAAUACACGGCGUCUUGAAUGGGCAUAGACUUCAUCAAACGGUACUCGAUAUGGUUUCAUUUUUCAAUUUCAAUUUCGAAAUGGUUUUUCCCCCAAUAAACCACAAACUACUUCUAUACAAGAGUGUUAGAGAUCUGGGUCUUCCAGUUGACAUUUACAUGGCGGUAAAUCAUCUUGCUGAGAUUCUGGAAUACAAUUUUUCAUACCCAAUCCAUAACAAGCGGUUACAUGGAACAACUGGAUAUCCAGAAUAUCAACUCACCAGUCUGAUAGUUAUUGCCACAAAACUCAGCCAGCCAUUCGAUGACAUACACCGUCAUCCAGAGAGCAAUCUAGAUGCCACAGCUGCAAAAAUCAACUGGACUAAAUGGCAAAGUAUUAUGUUCGAUAAUCCAGCUGAAGGCUUGAAACGUGGAGAUGAAAUCAAAAUCACAGAUGCAGAUGUUUUUAAAAUGACUGGAGAACAAAUGGACGAUUGGAUGAAUUGGUAUCACAAAACUUGGAUCGACGACAGAGAUCAAAAAGUUCCCCAGCACAUUUUGGAGCUCUUCCCAUUGUCGGAUACCAUACCUGACACGGCAAUGGGAAUAGUUGAUCCGGAUCCAAUUAAUCGGGCCAAAGAAGUUCACAAAACAUUAACCCUUCAGAAGCCAGUAGCUCAUGUGGAUGAUGAUGAAUUCCAAGAUAUUGUUCGCCCAGGUGAAAAGUAUAGAAGAUAUCGGACAAUUGAAGAGUUACCUGAAAGUGCCAAAGCCUUUUUUAAGAUUGCUGCGAGAAAUAUUGGAGCUUCUAUUGAAAAAUUGGUACAUGGUGUUUUUACUACUGAGAUUCAGUUGGAAAAAUGGAUGUUAGAUGAGCGUAGGAAAGCGUUGUUAGAUCAGGAAGAGAGUGAGGAAGAAAACGCUUAUCAGGAGGAGAUGAUACAUGGCGUCGAGGUGGGUGGCGAAGUCGGGGAGGAAGAUUUCAAUGAGAGAGGCGUUGAUUCUCCUACGAAAGAGUGA